UUUAUAGUAACUAUCACCUAGACAACUAUGAGAAAAAGAAUAUAUUAUGAGUUGCGCCUAUAAAAAUAUAUAUUAAAAUGUCCAAUGUGCUAAUCACUUACUAUCCAUUUAUUUCGACAUUUUACCGUUUAGAUUCAUUUUAUAUUUUUGGUUGAUUAUUAUGGCAUGUAGUAGUAACUUUGAGAAAAAUAGUUUUUUUAGAAUAAAAAAUUUUUAUUUAAAUAAUCACCUUUAUCAAUUAUUUAAUUUUGGUUAAUAAUAAUAAAAAUAUAACCGUCAAAUUGUACAGUGUAUUUUUAAAAGUUAUAAACUAAUGUUUUAAUAGCUAAAAAUGGAUUCUGCAAGUUUGAAAUUAGUUAAAUUUUUGUUAUACAUUUUUAAUGUAAUACUUGGAGUUACAGGUGUUGCUUUAAUAACAAUUGGAAUCAUAGUUAUAGCCGACUUAGGACGAUUUUUAAAUUACUUGAAUUCAUCUAUUACCAUCCCGCCAAUAAUAUUUAUACUUUUAGGCUUAAUUGUCAUAUUUGUUUGCAUAUUUGGAUUUUAUAGUAUAGAAAAGCAAAACUACUACAUUUUAAUAGUGUUCACCGUACUUCUUUUAUUGAUUUUGGUAAUCGAAGUUCUCUUGGCAGUUUUCUCUUCUAUAUCUAAAGAAAAUUAUAAUGAUAGUCUAAGAUAUAACUUUAAGUCUUCAAUGGGAAGAUAUUCGUUUGAAGAUACUGAUCGUCAAGCCUGGACCAACGUACAGCGAAAACUCGAGUGUUGUGGGGUGGAUACGCCAAAAGAUUGGUUAAUUAUAUUCCCAGAAAAUCAAGUUCCUGUAUCAUGUUGCCAAAAUUUACCACUAGAGUCUGGAGCAUUAUGUCGUAAUUUAUACGAUGAAAGAAUAAUAUAUCAAAAAGGUUGUUAUAAUGUUUUAGGCAAUCGAAUAAAAAAUCGAAUGAACGUCAUCAAAUAUGUUGCUUUAACAUUCGCUUUAUUGCAGGUUGUUGGAGUUAUACUAUCGAGUUUUUAUACAUAUUUUAUGAAAGUAAAGAACGAUAACAAAUUGUACAACAAACUCAUAUAGAACACAAAUUAUAAACGGAUAAUUGGUAAAAUGUUUAAAGGUGUUGGUAUAAUUUAAAUUAAUUAACCAGAGGGGUUUACAUUAUUAUAAAUGAAAAAUUUAAAUAUUUAUAUUAUUGAGACUCUCUUAAUGUUAACGUAAUUCAUUAAAUUUGUCUGAAAUAAUUGAAUUGAUGAGCAAAAUUUGAUGCAGGCCAAUUUUUUUUCUAUUUCGCUUAGUUAGUCUAUCCGACCUUGUUAUUAUGUCAUGUUACAAUAAAAGUAAUUUUAUUGUUCAAAUUUUUAAGUGUUACUAAAGAUAUUUUUCAUAUAUAAAUAUAAAUUGAAAAUUGCUCCUCUAAAAUCCUGAAUACGCCAUUCAUUGACUAUCAAUUAAUUUAACUUUAUUAAAUCAAUUACAUUUUUCUAUUACCUUAAAUGGAGAAAAAAUUGAAUUUCACUUAACUGUAUAGUAAGGCAUUAGUCGAUACGAUUCUUUAUCCUCGAAUUAAAAUACUUAUUGUAUUGUUGCAUAGAUAAAUAAUUAAUUAUUUAUUGUCAUCUUCGCUCAUUAUG